ACAGAAUGUCGUUAUUACAGAUUGAAUCAUUCAAUAAAUCUUGUUACCCCUUACCACCUCGCUGCUUAUCAUUCAAUUCAAACCCCAACACUUUAUUUUAUCUCAUUGGAACCAAUCUUUCUUUCCACCAAACUCAGUCAGUCCCAAUUUUCAACUUUAUCCAUUCGCCUCGUUUCUCCCAAUAAACCCUUAAUCUUUUCUUUUUUUCUUUCUUUUUUUCAUCAAGAUAAGGAAGACAUAAACAUUAAACAUAAACCAUAGUACUCUCUCUGUUUCAACCAAGAUGAUGAGAAGAACACGUGAAGAUGAACAAUCACGUGCUUUCUACGACCUAUCUGCAAUCCUUCUCAACCUCCUCCGCUCACCACCAACGCCGUUGAAUUUCUCCAAUCAUCCACCGGAGCAACCGUUACGGCGUUUACCUCCACCUCAAAUCUCACCCGCGGGUUUUGCCUCCCUUCUUCUGGGAAUUUCGAUGGCUUUGAUGCUCUGUGGAUCUGUCACGUUCUUUAUUGGGUUUGUUUUGAUGCCAUGGGUUAUUGGAUUGAUUAUGGUUCUCUAUGUUGCUGGAAUUGUUACCACUCUCUCUGAUAUAGGUCGUUCUGUUCUCUGUUAUAUCAUGGCGGCGCCGGAGCCACCGCCGCGUAAAGAUAUUCCAGCGUGGAAGCUAAUGUGAGUACCAAUUGGAGAAAGAAAUCGAAGAUACAUCGUUUGAUUUUGUGGCGCAUCAUGCAAGUUACGUAUAUAACAAUUUCCACAUUAUGGAGCUUCCUUCUCCUCUUAUUAUUAGAUGCAAGAAACGUGGAUAUAUGGUUUUUUAAAUCAAGUUACUGAAUUUUGUGGAUAUGAAAUCUCUUUGCAUUACAAAUAUAGGGAAGUAAAAAUUAUGUGCCCCCUCCUUCCCCUGUUAUAAGUUGUUUUUACUUACAUGAGUUUAUAAUUGAAAUCUUAAUAUUAGGAUUUGUUAAUUUCCUUUUGUUCAGUUUGAAACAUAUCAUUAACUGUAUCAUAAACUAUAAAGAGAAGGAAAAUAUGAUUUGGCUCAUUGGCUGUACUAAGAAAGAAUAUUUGGAAUCUGUAUGUACCAUACCAGCCGAAAUUAUUUUAUUUGGCA